CGAAGGUGAGAAGUAUUGUCAUCGGGUGCUUUUUAAAGAUAUUUAUUGUCUGCGAAGGACCUAUGUACGACACACACCGAAGAGAAAGCAGUUGCAUGCAAGUAUUUUCUGAGCACACAAGAUGAAGUUUUUCGUGUUUACCGUUGUCUCCGUGAUGGCGAUCCAUGGCAUGCCAGCUCCAAGGGUAUUAAAUGACAACCACUGGCCCACAGAGAAUCAGCACGAAUGCGCCAAGCACCUUCGCGAUCAAUGCAUUCCCGAAAUUUUGAAAGCAAAUGAAACAUGUGGUAUCGAGCAGCUUGUCAGCUGUCUUGAAAGGGAAAUCAAUUUGACAGCAAGCUGUGGUCAGUGUAAAGCAACACGUAACCAAAUGAUGUCGUACAUGAAUACCAUCAAAUCUGAUUUUCUACAUGGGAAUAGCUGCCCCAAUGAAGAUGAUGUUGAUAUGUUGAUCAAGACUCUUACAAAUCCAGACCCUUACGAUGAUUCGUACGAUGGUUGGUACGAUGAUUGGGAUAGUGAAGACACAUACUAUGAAGAACACCCAGAUGAUAGUUUCGAUGAAAAGGACCCAAACGAUGAAAAUGACACCAAAAGUCUUUUCAGCUCGUUUAAAAGCAAACUUCACAACGUUAUUGAAAAGAUAUUUGGCAAUGAAAGCUAUGAAGAGGAAAAAGAGAUUCCUGAAGAUAAGAAAGGAGGCGUCAAUACAACUGAUGCUGAAGGUGAUGACUGGUUGCCGUUUGAUUGGCUCACAUUUGGUGAAGACUGGUUCUGGGAAAAUAACUCCACGGUGAUUGGUAAUGCGACUUACAACGUGACUAGCGAAGAGGAAGAGGAGGUCUUGGAAUUAACUGACGAUGAAUCAGAUGGCCUUCUAUAUGAUAUCUUUGGCAUGUUAGAACAUGAUGAUGAAGUCUGGGAGGAGUGGGAAGAAGAUAACCUUGACGAUGUAGGUGAUUGGGAUUACGAUGUAGGCGAUGGGGACUACCUUGAAGAAGAUGGGGACUAUGAUGAUGAAGAUGGGGGCUACCAUGAUGAAGAUGGGAGCCAUCAUGAAAAAGAUGGGGGUCAUUAUGAAAAAGAUGGGGGCCAUCAUGAAGAAGAUGGGUACCUCGACGAGGGUGAUCAUCACGAAGAUGGAGAUUACCAUGAAGUUGAUUACCAUGAAGGUGAUUACCAUGAAGGAGAUUACCAUGAAGGUGAUUACCAUGAAGGUGAUAACCAUGAAGGUGAUAACCAUGAAGGGGAUUACUCCGAAGGUGCUUACGAGACGGAUGGCAGCCUUGAUCUUGAUGCCUUUGGCGAGGAAUAUGCCCCCAAGGGCACACUCGAUGGCACCGGCUAUGGUGAAGAGACAACUGAUUCUUAUGGCACAGAAAGUCUUUGAGAUGACCAUUAUAAGUCGCUUGAUGGGGCUUUUGAUGGUGGACUCUUCAAUUCUUGGUUUAAACGUUGAAGAACACAAGUUUAUUGACUAUUUUUAUAAACCAUCUGUAGAUAAUGAUUCAUGUUUUUUAAACAAUACAUUUUCUUUUUGUUUAACUUUUUUGUCGGUUUAAUUCCCGUCAGAUCCUUUGUCAUACUGCCUAAUAGCAACAUUGCAAACAAAACCUGGCCUUUUUCUGAAAAUUGGCCCACAGCUUAGUCAGCUGUUCAAUAUGCCGUGGUGUUUCCAUGAUAGAAUGCACACUGGAACCUUCUUCUUCACUUUCCUGUUGGUAUUGUGUGUACCAAAAUCUGCACUACUUUCUUCUAGAUAUUAUCAUAUCGAAUAGAACUUUUGAUAUUAAGAAUUAUUAAAAGACAUAUCUUCUUCAAUACAAGGAUGAAUGUUUAAUCAUUUAUAAACAAAAAACCAACGUCAAUACCGUAGACCGUGCUUAAGGUUGAACUAAACUUGUUGAAUUUUUCAGUUUCUUUUCAGCUUUUCAACUGAUGUACUAUUCUUACCAUA